ACUCCACAAUCCCAUGCAUACAGUGCAAAGGAUGCCCAUUGGUAGCUGGUCUUAACUGAGAGGAUUUUAAAGUGAAGCUAUAUCAGUGGUAGAUUGCCUCUAAUCUCAGUCAAUCCACAUCUUAUUGAAAUACAGAAGAUAAAAAUGCUCAACAACGUCAGAAGACAGGUGUCUUCAACAUGUUCCAGAAAAAUUAAAAAAUGGUCUUUACGUAGCACGUUGAAGUCACUAUUUCCAAUCGCCACAUGGCUACCAAAAUACAAAGUAAAAGAAGAUCUUCCCGCCGACUUGGCUGGUGGUUUGACUUUGGGUAUCAUGAAUAUUCCUCAAGGUUUGGCUUUUGCUAUGAUCGCUUCUGUUCCUCCAAUUACUGGUCUCUAUACUGCCAUGCUUCCUGUGUUACUGUAUGCUGUAAUGGGAACAUCAAGGCAACUUUCUGUUGGUACAUUUGCGGUCAUUAGCAUCAUGGUUAGCGCCGUUGUUGAAAGUAGAACAAGUAAUUUCAAUUCACAGAACGGCAAUGAAUUCAUCAAUGGAUCAAGCAAUGGAUCAAUGCCAAGCAAUUCUUCAUCAUCAGGUGAUAGUAGUCCUUGGGCAACCCCUCUGGACAAAGAAAAAGUUGCGAUCUCGGUGACAUUGUGCUUUGUUGUUGGAUUUUUUCAGGCUUUAAUGGGCGUUCUGCGACUUGGUGUCAUUACAAGAUUAUUUUCUGAUGCUGUUGUAAACGGGUUCACGACUGGUUCUGCAUUUUGGGUUUUUACCACUCAAAUUAAACAUGUCAUUGCUAUUUAUCCAAAACGCCACACGGGAGCAUUUGCCUUAAUACUGACGUAUGUUGACAUAUUCAAAAGCAUAGCAAAGAUCAACUUUUGCUCAACUAUCAUCGGUGUCUUGUGUAUAAUUAUUUUACUUGGGGUAAAACACAUUAAUGUUAAGUACAAACUAAGAUUCCCAAUUCCCGCAGAGCUAAUUGUAGUAACACUUGCUGCUGGCAUAUCUUAUGGUGCAAAGCUGAAAAUGCAUUAUGGCAUAAAGAUUGUUGAAAAUGUUCCGCGCGGUAUGCCCCCCUUAAGCCUACCUCGUGGUAGCUUGAUCCCGGAGAUUCUAUCGGACGGAUUUGUGAUUGCAAUCAUAGCGUUUGCAAUCAACAUUUCACUUGCUAAGUUGUUUGCUCAAAAACAUAAAUAUCCUAUUGAUGCAAACCAAGAGCUUAUUGCAUACGGAAUGCAAAACAUGGUGGGUGGCUUUUUCUCAUGCUUUGCUGCUGCAGCAGCACUCGGUCGAUGCUUGAUUCAAGAUAAUCUUGGACGUACGCAGCUCACCAAUGUGUUUUCAAGUGUUAUCAUUUUGCUUGUGUUAACCUUAUUGGCGCCAUUGUUUGAGCCCUUGCCAAAAGCUGUUCUAGGAGCAAUUAUCAUUGUUGCAAUACGUGGAGCUUUUAAAAAUUUCAAAAUUGUGAGGCCAUUGUGGAAGGUGAAUAAAAUAGAUGCAGUCACCUGGUGUAUUACUUGUGGAUGUGUUGUUGUGAUUGGUAUAGAAAUGGGUUUGGCCAUUGGUAUUAUCUUUCACAUUAUGUCACUUGUUUUUCGACUUGCACAAGCAGAUAUAUGUUAUCUUGGGGAGGUUAGUGGCAUUACUGGUGUGUAUUACGAUACAGCCCAUUAUGAAGAUGCAAAGGAGCUUUCUGGAGUGAUCAUAAUUCGCUUCCCUUCAGCCCUCUGUUUUGUAAAUGCGGAACUAUUCAGAAACCGAUUGAAGAAGCGCAUCCUCCGUAAAAACAGGACAAUAGAUAGCACAAAUGAGAAAUGCAAGCAUCCCUUAAGUUUGCCCGAAAAUAAAAUUCUUGGUGGGGAAAUCAAGCAAAAUGUCAGUGGCAUUCAGUCUGAAAUGAGUAGCACGUUGGUGUCCUCUUCUGGUGAUCAUAUUCAUUCUGUCAUCAUUGAUUGUUCUUCCUUCAGUUUCAUUGAUUCUGUUGCAGCCAAAGUUUUGAUUCAGAUUGCUGAAGAAUUAGACCGGAUGAAUGUGCGACUCUAUGUGGUGAACUAUACAUACGAUGUCCUCAAAAUUCUGAACGCUGGAAAGGUUUGUGAAGAUUCAAGAAUCACAGUUUUGCCAUCAAUCUCCGAAGCACUGGAACAUGCUUACAAAAGACCAAAUGAACAGGGUCUUCAAACAACGGAUUAGAAGCUAACGCCUUUAUUAAAAUUCACUCUUAAUAUUGAUUUUGCUUUCCAGAGAUUAUAUAUGUGAAUGAUGUUUGGUUAUUGGUUAUAGUAUUUAUUAAAUGCUUUGCAGGGCGAUCUUUACCAAAUUAAUGCAUGCUUGAAUAAAUGAUAGUAAAAUUCAGCUUAUGGUAUGCAGUUUAAGGGAAUCGGGUAUUAAAACAUUUAUCGUCAAAAGGUGGGAAGAUAUAAUUCAUUACAAGAAACCUACGUCGUAAUGAACAUAAUAGAAAUAUUAUAAUAUUGUUAGUUUAUAAAUAAUCAUUGAGUAAAUAUAAUUAUAUAUAAGAAACUUUGGAGAACAAGUGUAUCAUUUCUCUUUA